AUGGCUGAACCAGCUCCAUUACCAUUCAUCUAUCAAUUCAUAUCUGGUGCUGUAGCAGGGGUCUCUGAGAUCCUUGUUAUGUAUCCAUUAGAUGUUGUUAAAACAAGACAACAAUUAGAUUCAACAAAUGCAACAAAAGGUACUUUAAAUUGUUUAAGAACAAUUAUUAAGGAAGAAGGAUUUUCAAGAUUAUAUAAAGGUAUAUCAGCACCAAUUUUAAUGGAAGCUCCAAAAAGAGCAACAAAAUUUGCUGCAAAUGAUGAAUGGGGUAAAUUUUAUAGAAAAGCAUUUGAUAUGAAAACAAUGAAUCAACCAUUAGCUAUAUUAACUGGAGCUACUGCUGGAGCAACUGAAUCAUUUGUUGUUGUUCCUUUUGAAUUAGUUAAAAUUAGAUUACAAGAUAGAACUACAAAAUUUAAUGGUAUGGGAGAAGUUGUUAAAGAUAUUAUUAGUAAAAAUGGUGUUUUAGGUUUAUAUAAAGGUUUAGAAUCAACAAUGUGGAGACAUAUAUGGUGGAAUGCAGGUUAUUUUGGUUGUAUUCAUCAAGUUAAAUCUUAUAUGCCAAAACCAAAAGAUAAUACUCAAAAAGUCUUAAUUGAUUUAACUUGUGGUACCAUUGGUGGUACAGUUGGUACAAUUUUAAAUACUCCUUUCGAUGUUGUUAAAUCAAGAAUUCAAGCUGGUUCUCAAAGAUAUAAAUGGACUUACCCAUCAUUAGCUAUAGUUGCAAAAGAAGAAGGUUUUGGUGCAUUAUAUAAAGGUUUUAUUCCAAAAGUAUUAAGAUUAGGUCCAGGUGGUGGUAUACUAUUAGUUGUUUUCACUGCUUGUAUGGAUUUCUUUAGAAAAAUGCAAGAUAAAAAAUAA